GGGAGCGCAGGGAAGGCGGGCGGAGGCGGGGGGCGGGGAGCCCGAGGGGUGGAAGCCGGCGGCGGCGGCGGCGGCGGCCGAGCGGGGUCAGUUCUCUGUAGUGCUUGCCAAUGUUGGAGCCGUCUGCAAAGUGUCCCUGGCAAGAAGUUUUUGGAGCCGUGAGGGAUACAGCAAUUUGGUCAAUAUUGUUUUAACAUGCUUCAAAUAAAUCAGCUUCUCUCCAAGAUAAAAUGGCAAACCCCAAAGAGAAAACUCCAAUGUGUCUGGUAAAUGAGUUAGCCCGUUUCAAUAGAGUCCAACCCCAGUAUAAACUUCUGAAAGAAAGAGGGCCUGCUCAUUCGAAGAUGUUCUCAGUGCAACUGAGUCUUGGUGAGCAGACAUGGGAAUCCGAAGGGAGCAGUAUAAAGAAGGCCCAACAAGCUGUUGCUAACAAAGCUUUGACUGAAUCAACACUUCCCAAACCAGUUCAGAAACCACCCAAAAGUAAUGUUAAUAAUAACCCAGGUAGUAUAACUCCAACUGUGGAACUGAAUGGGCUUGCUAUGAAAAGGGGAGAGCCUGCCAUCUACAGGCCAUUAGAUCCAAAGCCUUUCCCAAAUUAUAGAGCUAAUUACAACUUUCGGGGCAUGUACAAUCAGAGGUAUCAUUGCCCAAUGCCCAAGAUCUUUUAUGUUCAGCUGACUGUAGGAAAUAAUGAAUUUUUUGGGGAAGGAAAGACUCGACAAGCUGCUAGACACAAUGCUGCAAUGAAAGCCCUUCAAGCAUUGCAGAAUGAACCUAUUCCGGAAAAGUCACCUCAGAAUGGCGAAUCGGGAAAGGAAAUGGAUGAUGACAAAGAUGCGAAUAAAUCUGAGAUCAGCUUAGUGUUUGAAAUUGCUCUGAAGCGAAAUAUGCCUGUCAGUUUUGAGGUUAUUAAAGAAAGUGGACCACCGCAUAUGAAAAGCUUUGUUACUCGGGUGUCAGUGGGAGAGUUCUCUGCAGAAGGAGAGGGAAAUAGCAAAAAACUUUCCAAGAAGCGUGCUGCCACCACCGUCCUCCAGGAGCUUAAGAAACUUCCUCCUCUUCCUGUGGUUGAAAAGCCAAAAUUAUUUUUUAAAAAACGCCCUAAAACAAUAGUAAAGGCUGGACCAGAAUAUGGUCAAGGAAUGAACCCCAUUAGCCGCCUGGCUCAAAUUCAACAGGCCAAAAAGGAAAAGGAGCCAGAUUAUGUUCUGCUUUCAGAAAGAGGAAUGCCCCGACGUCGGGAGUUUGUGAUGCAGGUCAAAGUAGGCAAUGAAGUUGCUACUGGAACAGGACCUAACAAAAAGAUAGCCAAAAAAAAUGCUGCAGAAGCAAUGCUGUUACAGCUUGGUUAUAAAGCAUCCACUAGUCUUCAAGAUCAACUUGACAAGACAGGGGAAAACAAAGGAUGGAGUGGUCCAAAGGCUGGGUUUCCUGAACCAACAAAUAACACUCCAAAAGGAAUUCUUCAUUUGUCUCCUGAUGUUUAUCAAGAGAUGGAAGCCAGCCGCCACAAAGUAAUCUCUGGCACUACUCUAGGCUAUUUGUCACCCAAAGAUAUGAACCAACCCUCAAGCUCUUUCUUCAGUAUAUCUCCCACAUCGAAUAGUUCAGCUACAAUUGCCAGGGAACUCCUAAUGAAUGGAACAUCUCCUACAGCUGAAGCCAUAGGUUUAAAAGGAAGUUCUCCUACUCCCCCUUGUUCUCCAGUACAACCUUCAAAACAACUGGAAUAUUUAGCAAGGAUUCAAGGCUUUCAGGUUCACUACUGUGAUAGACAAAGUGGCAAAGAGUGUGUGACCUGUCUGACAUUAGCCCCUGUGCAGAUGACUUUCCAUGCUAUUGGAAGCUCCAUUGAAGCCAGCCAUGACCAGGAGUACCCUUGCAUGAAAAGAAUAAAAGAAAAUAGUAGUGUAUCAUCUCAAACACAUGAUUUAUUGUCCAACUCAAAAAAGACAUUCUUAAGGGCACACCUCUCUAGUUCAUAAUGUUUCAGAUAUUGUGGGGUUUCCAAUCAUGUUUUGUUGAUUGAUGGCAAGGUAUUGUGGGGUUUAGGAAAAAGCAGCUAAUUAGGCAGAAAACCUGAGUUUUAGGAACUAACCAUAACGUAAGUUAGAUGCAGCUACCUGAAUGGAUUCUGCCUCUCUUUAGGACCCUGUUUUCUGGAAUGUUAUAUAAGGGAGUUGGUUAGAUGACUUACAAGAACCAUUCCAGUGCUUCCGUUUUAUGAUUCUGUGACUGAUCUUCCUGCUCCCGGUUAAAUGAAACCAACCAAUAAUAAGCAGUUGACAGCAUAUUGACCUUGAAAGCAGUUUUGAGAUGACUGCAGUGCUUCUCCGAGUUUGGCCCUGACACAUGCUCCUGCUGCAGGAAAGCAUGCAAUAGCAGUAGAGGGAUGGGGACCUAAACAAACUUACAGAAUACAUUUUGUGUAUAAAAUGAUAACUUAGCUGUAUGCUGGGUUCGGGAGAAACGACAGGAAUGUUGGACAUGGUUCCUGCUGUCGUGGAGCUUGCAAUCUAGCAACUUUACUACUUUGAAUAUUUAUCAAAAAGUCUAGCGACUGCUGUACCCCUCUAUAUCCAUUCAUGGCAGAAACAGGUGCAAUAGCAGCACAAGAUAACCAUCCUACAAAGAAAAGAAAUGAAAGUGCUUCUGAAGCCCACACACCUAAGAAGAACAAGAGCAGCCCACUGUUAGCAGAGGUAGCAUGUUGCUGUAAAAUAGCACUGGAAUGGGAAUAGAGACUGAGAUCAAACCUAGAUUUUCCAUGAAGUAGCCAUAGGAACUUGUCUCUGUACCUCUUGGAACUUGGCUUCUUUAGGAGUGAAAUAAUGAGGCUGGUUCAGGCUUAUGCCCAGUCCAUGUGGCCACAUAUACAAAGCGCUGGGCUGGUGUUAGUCCAUAUGGCACCUUUACAAAUUAAAAAAAAAGAUGCUUCUUCCUCAAGGCAUUUUACUGCUCUCCAAAUCCGUAAGACGUAUAGCAGGAAUAGAACCUCCCCCUCCACACACACCCAUGAAGUGUUCAGUACAUAACCUGUACAACUGUACAUAGAGGUCUUAUACUUGAUCUAUCUGGAAUGUCAGUUUUACUCAAUGGUAAGUAAAUAAAGUUAUUUUUAUGUUAAAGCAAAUACAGUUGCAUGGGAAAUGAUGAACUUGCAUGAAGUUUUAAGGUAAAAAAAAGACUUCAGGAAAGGCAUUGAUAAUGGUCAGAUGGAUGGAUGGAAGAUGGAUGGUUAGAUGCAUAAAUGAAGGGAGCUGUGACUGGAGUGGUCAUCCUCCCUGCCACAUGCUCUACUCUGGCAGCCUCUGAGGUACAAAUGGAAGUAGGGGCAUGAUCAGUGCUCCUCCCUGCACUUGGAUUACUGGGCUCCCUGAGGAAGAGAGACACAGUGAACCUCUGCUCCACAUCCUGCAGCUUUUCUGCAGUAUGUUGCCAUUACCCUUUCCUCAUACUGAGGGUCUGUGUAAGCAACAAAUACUUCUUCACCAUGCCAAAAGAAUAAACUUGAUCUCGUAAGUCGGAAAGUGUGGACCACUAAAUACUGCUUCACCUAUUAAUCAGUAAAUACCAGAAAACAUUUU